AUGACUACCAUAGCUACCGCCCACAUGACUCCACAACCGGAGAUCGUACUUAACGCCACAAUGCUAGAACUCGUCUUAGUCGACCGGGUACUUGAAACCAAGGAUAAGGAUGGCGAAAGCAAGAAACGAAAGCUUUCACACUCGGGCGUGAAGGUCCAUUUUCAAGAUCUUCGGAAAGAUCCCCCAAUGACUCAAGACUUCAUAAGUUGA